AUGUGUUACAAAGUCGUUGAACGAUUCUCCGUCUGCAAAUGUGUCUAUUUUCAACACUCCAUUGACCCUUGUUCCGCCUACGGCCAACGAGGUCACUCCGUCCAGGAAAAGACCGUCUUGGUUGGUUAUGCUUGCCCAAGACACUCUACUCGUGGUUCAUCCUCCUCACCUUCAAGCGGUGGCUGGCCGGAUUCCGGCUACUCUAGUUCUAAGGGAUCAUAUCGGUAG